AUGGCGCCACCAGAUUCAACUAAAAAAAUCCUUGAAGAUUUUAUUGAAAUUUAUAGAAGUAAUCCAUGUCUAUGGCAAAUUAAAAACAAAGAUUACCAUAAUCGAGACAAAAAAGAAGCUGCUUAUAAAUUACUCAUAGAAAAAUUGAGAAUAAUUGAGCCAGAUGCGAACAAAGAUGUAGUUGUGAAAAAGAUCAAUAACCUAAGAAGCAAUGUUAGAAAGGAAACGAAGAAAUAUGAGCAAUCUUUAAAGUCUGGGGCAUCUGCUGAUGAUGUGUAUCGUAUUAAACUGUGGUACUACGAUUUGUUCAAUUUCAUUCAUGAUCAAUGCACUCCAAGGGAAUCUUCAUCCAACUUAGAUAGUGAUGACGAAAAUAGUUGUGAGAAAGACAACACUGAAGACUCUUUAAAUGCCGCUGAAGAAUAUUCAUCCAACAGCGCAUCUACCGACAACGAGGUUCGAUCAACAUCGUCAAAUAAUAAUUCAUCUCGCCCACCAAAACCUUGGAAAACAAAAAGAAAAGAUGAAAGCUUAGCAAAUGAAGUGUUGGAAUCG